GGGGGGGUAGGCUUAGUUUUUCGCAUUGUCAUGAUAGAACAACUCAUGACAUUUGACAUGUUUGAAUGUCAAUGGAUUGAGCUACCAACGUUAGGCUAUUAGUGCUUUGAUCUUCGAUUCGGCAGCCGGCUAGGUACUGAGGUCUACUCCCCAUUGUGUCUCGUCCUUUCUUGGUUGCAAAGAUGGCUGAAGAAAAGUAUAUUCCGCCUUUUGCUGUUGAGCACCAGCAUAAAGGUAUUUGGUACCCCGGUGUCGUACUAGACUCGAGUAUUGAUCGGAUGAAAACCUUUGAAAUGCGCGAAGAUGAUGUCUUCAUUGUGACCUAUCCCAAAGCAGGAACUCAUUGGAUGAUGGAGAUCGUCGGCUUGAUACUCAGCAAUGGAUAUCCAGAUAAAAUAGAUCGGUCCCUAUACUCCUCUACCAUAGAAAUGUUUUGCGUUGAUCAAAAACUUCCACGUUCGAAGAAGGAAGAAGAGGAACAUCCAAUAGAUUGGUCCCCAUUCAUGGAUGUGAUCGAUAAAGCGCCCUCACCGAGGGUGUUUAUGACUCAUCUCAUCUACGAUCUUCUACCCAAAGACUUACUGAAGGCCAAGGUUGUGUAUGUGGCCCGUAAUCCCAAGGAUCUCAUUUUGUCGUGGUACAACUUCGCAGGAAAGAACCCCGGAAUGCCGUUCACCAUGGACGAUGCCAUUAACAAAAUGAUAAAUGACGAAGUGCACUGGGGUCCUUGGCCGCAACAUGUUCGUCAGUUCUGGGAUCUCAGAGACCAUGAAAAUGUAACCUUCGUUUUCUACGAGGAUCUUAAAAAGGAACCGGCCAAAUACAUUCAGAAAGUGGCUUCUGGAAUUGGUCGCCCUCUAUCGGAGGAAGUCCUACAGCGCGUUGUGAAGUUCAGUCAUAUUGACGCGCAGAGAGAAACAUUCAACAAAAUGGCGGAAAGUGGGAAAGGAAAUUUGGUAAAGGUUGGUGGCACCUUCACUUUCAUUAAUAAGGGUGUGAGUGGCCGCUGGAAACAACACUUCACUGUGGCACAGAACGAAGCCUUUGAUGAAUGGUACAAAUCCAAGAUGGCGGACACAGAUCUCAAGUUUACAUUCGAGUAAAUUGCAUUGCAGAGUAACAAAUCAAACUUUUCGUAUUUACUACGGACAUGGCGGAUAAAACUCUCUACAACGCACCAAUUCAUUUGAAAAUGCAAGUCAAAUCACAAUGAAGAGCUAAGAGGCUUUUGAGAGGCAUUUUUUUGAAAAUUGGUGGACCGGGACAGCAUCGGAAUCUUGAAUCUGGACAACGACAUAUUUGCAGUUA